CUCGUUCAGUAGGUUGGUCAUAAUCUUGACUCCCCUCACCGACCAUUAUUCUCUAGGUGACUGGCCCGUUAGAGACUAUUCGCGGAGCAGUCAGCUAUGUCGAUCUGAAGCCGCGUGACCCGUCAUUAGCGUUUUAUUGUAUCCCCGUUGCACUCUCGUUAGUAAACGGCUGGUUACCCGACCAGUAGAAACCGCGACGAAAUCCGAGCGAGCUUUCGCGAAAUCGUCGCGAAAAUGUCGUCGGAAAUGUCGCCGCCCAAUAAGAAGCGGACGUCGGAGCGGCAGAUCACGAAGGACGACUUCCAGGAAGACGACAACGAGGAGCCAUCAGGGUCAAACCCCUGGGCGGGAGGGUUUCAGAAAGCUUCUAACGAGGUAAUGGCCUCUCGGCGCAUCGUUAAAGCGCGGCGGCCCGCAGCAGGUGCCGGCGCGCCUCCCGCUCCCGCUGCUCCCGCCGCCGCUGCGCCGCCGGAAAAGCCGGCGCCGGCGGCGGCUGACGUGGCAGGAGGAUCCGACGUGGCGGAAGCGAAGGAGCAGGCGGAGGAUGAGGGGACGGAGGAGGUCAGCUCUGGCGGCAAGCGCGCGAAGAAGGCACGGCCCGACGGCGAGGAGGCGGCGGAGGAUGCGGAGAAGAAGGCGGAAGAUUCUGCGAAGGAGGGCGAACAGGCGGGAGGGAAGUCGGCGGAGGGGGAGGGGGAGAAGAAAACGGCGGAGGAGAAGAUUGAAGAGGACAAGGCGGCGGCGGAGAAGGAAGGAUCGGGGGAGAGCGAGAAGCAGGAGGCGAAGGCGGAGGGAGCAAAUGCAGCAGCAGCAGCAGCGGGGGGAGCAGCAGCGGGGGAAGCCGCAGCGGGGGGAGCAGCACCUGCUAGCGCGUCUGGCUUCGGGGGAUUUGCGGCGGCUGCUGCGGGAGUCAACCCCUUCCUCUCCUCCUCCACCUCCCCUUCCGGCGGCUUCGCCUCCUUCUCCUCCUCCGCCUUCUCCUCGCCCUUUUCCGCCGCCUCCGCAUCCUCCCCCUUCUCCUUCACCUUCCCCGCCACCACGUCCGCCUCCCCCGCCGCCGGCGCCGGCGGCGCCGGAGCCUCCGCUGCGGGCGGCGGGUCGUCGAUUUUCCCCGCGGUGUCGAGCAUCUUCGGGUCGGGCGCCACAGCCAAUGGGAGCAGCGCAAGUGGCGCGAUCGGCGCGAUUGGCGCUACUCCGGGCCUGGGGAUCGGGUUCGGCAGCAGCAGCGGCGGGGGAGGUUUGGGCGGCGGCGCGCCAGCUGUCACGCUGUCGGAGGUCCACGUGGCGACGGGGGAGGAGAAGGAGCGCGCGGUUUUCGCGGCGGAUGCGACGCUGUUCGAAUUCGGGGAGGGGGGGAGGUGGAAGGAACGGGGGAAGGGUGAGGUAAAGCUGAAUGUGCAUGUAGCGGGGGAGGAGGAGGGGAAGGAGGGGGAGGAGGGGGAGGAGGGGGAGGAGAAAGAGGAGAAGAAGGAGAAGGUAGGGAAGGAAGGGGCAGAGGAGGGAGGGGAGGAGAAGAAGGAGGAGGAAAAAGAGGAGAAGGGGGAAGAGAAGACGGAGGAGGAGAAGGAUGGGAAGGAGGGAGAGGAGGGAGGUAACGACACGUCAGCAGAAAAGGCCAAAGCCACGGAAAGGCGGCCGGCACGGCUGGUGAUGCGAGCGAGGGGCAACUUCCGUCUUCUUCUGAACGCGAAUCUUUUUCCGGAUAUGAAAGUCACCAGGAUGGAUGGGCGGGGAAUUUCGUUUGCUUGUGUGAACAGUACUGGGGAGGAGAAGGAAAAAGAGAAGGAGAAGGAGAAGGAGAAGGAGAAGGAGAAGGAAGGGGGUGCUGUAGCAGGGGCAAGUGCGGCGGCUGCCGGAUUGACCAUGCUGGCUCUUCGUUUUAAGGACGUGGCUCAUACAGAGGAGCUGCUGUCGCUCAUUAACGAGAACAAGGGCGGGAAGGGAAAGGAUGCUUCAGAGAAAGGCCCUGAUGCUGCAGAGGCAGAAGAGGGGGGAAAAGACAAGGGGAGCGCACAAGAUAAGGAAGGGAAAGAGGAUGGGGAGGGGGAGAAGAAAGUUGAGGGGGAGGAGGGCGGGGACAAGGCCACUGCGGAAUGAGCAGCAGACGAGCAAUGUGGUGGCAGAAAGAAUUCCUCUCCUAAUGUGGCUUCCCCUGUUUACUGCAAGUGGCUGGCAAGUUCCAAGCGGUUGCAACUUGACAGCUUGUCAAGCCAGCGCCAUUUACUGCUGCUUGAGCAUGUCGUCGUCAAGCCAAGUCGUUCCUCCACAUCUGCGUGGUUCUAGGCAAUUUGGCGCGGAACCGCACAUCGUCAAGAGGGCUUCAAAUUCAAGUCCAAGUCCUCAACAAGACAUGCUCCUUCAGGGCCUCUCGCUGAGCUGAGCAGCCUCUCUGAGAGUUCUGUUGUGUGCUGUGCGAUAGCCUUGAACCUGCUCGAACUCCCUUGCUCAUUCAUUCUUCUCCUAGGUGUGUGUGAGUGCAUUGGUUGGUUGCCGUUUACCGGACUCAAUAUUUCUGCCAGACUCAAUAUUUCUGCCGUUAGAGCGUAGGUUGCUGUUUGCUGGGCCCCAUUGUGUUUUGCCUCAGCAGCAGCUUUUGGACCCAAGAUUAUGGAACAA